CACGCGCUGCAGACUUCGUCGCCAUGGGCAGGACAUCUCACGUAGGUUUUAGCUGACUGAGCUCUGCAAAGAAUUGCCUUCUCUCCUGCUCGUCCCUUCUCUACUCGCUACUGUACUCGACCACGCCACAGUGAUCAGAAACCGUCAUCUCAAUCAUGACGGAUUAUGCGGCGGAGCAGGAGAUGGAAAUCGAGGCCUUGAGAGCUAUCCUUAUGGAUGAUUUUAAAGACAUUCAUUCUAGUGAGAGUGGGCUCAACACUUCGAGCCCGUGCUUCCAGAUAACGAUAUCUCCGCAGGAUGAUGAAGCAGAUGACACAACAAAUAUACCAGUUCAGCUGGGUUUAAUAUUCUCACAUACAGGAAAAUAUCCCGAUGAACCUCCACUUUUAAAUGUGACAAGUUUACGGGGAAUACAAACUGACGAUCUCAAGACAUUGAAGGAGAAGCUUCAACAAGAGGCAUCUGAAAAUCUUGGUAUGGCCAUGGUCUACACACUUGUUACAUCUGCAAAAGAUUGGCUGUCUGAAAGAUUUGGUCAAAGUGAUGGUGCCGAUAACACUGGAGAAGAAGAAGCUGCAAAAGAUGAUAUAAUUGUUCCACAUGGAGAGGCUGUUACGAUGGAGACAUUUCUCGCAUGGAGAGAGAGGUUUGAAGCAGAGUUGGCAUUAGAGCGAGCCAAGUUAAUGCCUGAGUCUGCACUUACUGCACCCAAGGAAAAGAAGCUCACUGGUAGGCAAUGGUUUGAGAGUGGAAGAGCUUCCACGAAAGGGACAGCUGUGGCCACUGAAGGAUCUGAUGAUGAAGAAGACGAAGAUGUUGACUUUGAUGAUGAUGAUUUUGAAGAUGACGAAGAAGAUAUGCUGGAGCACUACUUGGCUGAGAAGUCGGAGGACUCUUCCUCUCACUCAUCGAGAAGAGCAAGCUAAGAAUAAGAGCUUUGAGAGCAUUAAGGCACGCAUUUUUUUAACUGCUGCUGGAAGAGAAACGUCAUAGAAAGCUGCCACUACCUCGUGUUUUUAUGUAGCAUGAUCAUUUGGCAUUAUAAAUGUGUUCAAGGGAAUCACAGCCUUCCAAAUUUUGUAUGUUCUGCUAUCAAUUAUAUCUCGAAGUAGCACCAUUGAUGGACGAUAUGCGUUCUCAUGAUAGUUUUCUAUAUUGUACUUUUGCCUCAAGGGACACAAAUUAUGUGAAAGCAUGCCAGACUGCAUGCGGCCACUUCACUGCUAGAAGGUUUUUAUAUUUAUGUUCGUUUGGCACUAA